AUGACGGACGUCCCACCACCACCACCGCUAGGGGUUCCGGACCCGGAGCCUCAACCGGAGCAUCGGGUGCGCAAAAGGCGCCGACGGACGAUGGCUUGCGUGCAGUGCCGUAGCAGAAAGCUCCGCUGUGAUAGAAAGCUUCCCAUGUGUAGCCGUUGUGAGAGCAGCAAAAUGGCCGUCGAUUGCACCUAUGAGAAAGAAUUCCUUUGGCAACAACCCAAUACGGUUGUUACGCCCGCUUUCUCCGAGCGCGGUCCCACUGGCACUAAUACGAUCUCUCAAGCCGCACAUCUUGCUCGGACGCACCCUACCCCGGACUCGGCGUUAAGCUCUUUUACUCGGUCUCAACAGACAUCUUCGGAUACGCGUCCCGCCCUAGAGAAACGGGACCGUUUCCUGGAGACCGUCCUGGGCGCCCCGAAGGCCGCUGUCAACCAGGAGCCCUACGUGAAUACCGAGCUGCUGCACCGUUCGAAACAUCCCGGUGUCAAUCAUCAUGCAGCGCCAUCGCACCACCACGGGGACGACGAAGAUUCAUUGUCUCCCUCGCAACAGUUGGGCAUAUCUCCCAGAAUCAUGAUGCGAGGGAAAGAAACCAAGACCCGCUUCAAUGGGUCGGGGAUCUUCGCCAAUCUGAUCGCUCAGUUUCCUGAUAUUAAAUCGUUUGCGGAGGAGAUACGAGUCGCCAGCCCGCAAUUAUCCGCGCUGCGACCUGACCUGGCGAGGGUGAAGAGAGGCCUCUGGAAGCGGAAGCCUCUCAAUACGCCCUUCCCAGAACCCACGACUUUGUCACUCACCCAGAUGCUCCCGUCUCGCCGGGUCGUGGAUGACUUGGUCGUGCUGUAUCUGACCUAUUUCGAAGCGACUCACCGUAUCCUACAUGUCCCGUCCUUUCUCAAGGAGCUCGAUGAGUUCUGGGCACAACGGGAUACCCCGGAUUUUGUAUCCCCGCACUUCGUAGUACAACUUCUGCUGGUUCUGGCUUGUGCCUGGAAUCUGGCAGAUUUUGAUACACUGCAACUGAAAAACGAUAAUGAAUCCGACUUGACUUGCUACACGGCGAUAGAGUGGGUCCUCCACGCCGAGAGGUGGAUUGAGAACUCCCACAUCAAGCGGCCGGACAUCAUGGCGUUUCGGCUUUAUAUCCUCCUACUCGUGGCGAAGAACGCGCAUGGGAUGAAGCGCAGCAAGGCUUGGCUUGACACCGGGACACUGAUCAAGCAAGCUAUGCUGGCAGGGUACCACCGGGAUCCCAGCCGGUACACCAAGAUCUCCCCGUUCAACAAGGAGAUGCGCCGGCGGAUUUGGACCACAAUUGUCGAGCUGGAUCUAGAGGUGUCACUCGAGCGAGGGAUGCCGCCUGCUUUGCAAUACGGAGAUUAUGAUACGGCCCCAGCACUCAACCUAAACGAUAAUGAACUACAGGAGACCAGCGAAGAGCUCCCGGCGGAGAGACCCCUAAGUGAGAUAACUGGCUGCUCAUUCCAAUCAGUUUUGAUACAGUCCCUUCCCUUGCGGCUGAAGGCGUGUAAGCUGAUGCAUUCGCCGCGAAUAAGCUGUUCCUAUGAUGAAAUCCUUCAUCUGGAUUGGGAGUUGAAUAGAUAUCUCUCACAAAUCCCCUCCUGGACGGUGUCGGAAGAGGAAGAUUUACAAACGCAGCACAAAGUUAUUCUGAUAAGAUCCCUCCUUCAGACUAAGAUCUGCCAUAGCCUUUUAUCAAUCCACACGCCAUUCGCCAUCGAAGCUCCACAGGAAACCCUCUUUGCGCCAUCAGCUCGGACUCGCCUCGAAGUGGCUACCAUGAUUUUGUCUACGCAAAGACAGCUACAUGAAACCUCCAGACAGCUAUCCCUCUCCAUCUUGGGUGAUUGGACCGUGCAGGCCUAUUGCUCGGUGUGUCAAUUACUCCACGCCAGUACCAACAGUCAAGCAUCUUCCCGGACGUCUUUACCCCAGACACUUCCCGGGUUGCCAGAGUCCUUGAUCACGCUAGCGGAGAUGACGUUGACUUGUCUGGAAACACAACUCCUCCUUGUGGUGAAAGGCGCCAAGGAGUACUUCUUCAUGUCAACCAUCUUAGAUUUAGUGAAGGCAAGAUUAUGGCCGGCGCAAGCGACUGUGUACAAACAGGAGGUUGUGGACCGAGUCAUAUUCUUCGCCCAAACGCUUUUCACGCGACAUGCCAAUUGCGAUCAUCUAGGAGAAUUGGGUAUGGGAGGUUUCAAAACUACUCAGGUCCCAGUUUUGAACCCGAGCUCUGGCAUGGCACAGCCUUUCGUUCCUAAUAUGAAUAUGCUACAACCAACGAACUUUGGCAUCACGCAAUCUGGAGAGCUGGAUCCUUUUCUUGAUGCAUUUGACUGGGGGGAUCUUACAGGCAUCACAUUUGAAGGAUAUUAA